GAGAAAAAGCGAUCUGCCACAAGCCGUGCAGAAAUGCAAGCAACAGUUGAGUCAGUGGCAUCACAUGCUUCAACAAAAAUCCGGAGUGAGCACUCUCGAGACCGGUCAGCGUCGCGCGAAAGUAAGUCGGCUUCGAAUAUGUCGAAGGGGAACAGUUCCGCCUCGAGACAAGCUUCGGAGACCAUACGGUCGCGCAAUUCUGCAGAGGACAACAAUCGUGAAGAGACCAAGUACGAAGAUGGCUGGCACGAGGUCGCUGAAGACGCGAGGGCAGGGUCGAGAUCGAGGUCUUCUCGACGGAGCCAAGAUCACAGGAGCCACAAUCCCGCAGACUCUCACCGCAGUGGCCACCGCGAGAAGGAAGGCAGAGUCUCGUGGUCAAAGACUGAGGCCAACAAGUCAAAGCAAUCUUCGAAGAAGGAGGAAGGAGGAUCUCACCGUUCAUCCCACCAUUCGAAACACGACAAGCCUAACAAAGAUAGAAGUCUAGGCCCCCAGUCUCCAGUGACUUCUACGAGCAGGAAAGAUCGAAUAUCGCAGCAUUCUUCCCGCCCGUCCGAGAGGUCAAACCGCUGGGAU